AUGGCUGAGUCUCAUAACCAGAACACUCCCGGAGCUGCCUCCGCAAGCCUCCCAGUGAACAACCCCUCCGUGAUCGAUACGCCACCCAUUGCCUUGACACCAGGAGACGAUGGAAGCGAUUUUUACAACACUCCUCUGACUUCAGGAACUCCGGGUAAUGCUGACCAUGCUGGAGGUAAUGCGCCUCAAGUACCGGUCACGGAACCGCCGGCGUCAUCGAAUCCGCCUUCCCUGAUUCCCGGUUUGAGUCUGGUCAACAGUUUCAAGAAGACUCAAGCAGGAAAGAACGAUGCCGAUGCGCUUGAAUUGUCGAAUAAACCCGAGAUUGCCACUUCACAGAAUGAACCUGCUACGGGAAAUCACGCACCAGAACAUUCGGGGCUGGCAGACACAGACGCGAUGGAAGUGGAGCAAGAAAAUAAGGAAGAAACUGUUGGUGCAAACCGCGAUGCAAAUGGAGGAGCGAGCGCCUCUGAUGCCGUAAUGGCUGAGCCGGUAAAGAUUGGACAGCAUGAAGAAGAGGAGCAUCCUGAAUGGGAGAUCGAUUCUUCACCGUACGAGUCGUCAUCGGACAGCUCCGACUCGGAUUCUUCCGAUAGUGAUGACGAGGAUGAGGAUUAUCCCAUUUUGAGUCCCGAAGAGCAGGCUCGAAUUUUGAUGCAAGGAGAGCUAGGCUCUGAUGAUGAGGGCGAAGGCAAGGGUAAAUCCGGCAGUGCCCUCAAGACGGCGAACGAAAUACCGGAAGAAGUCCUUCCUAUCCCGGAAAUCACCAUCACCCCUGAAACGAAGAUCGUGCUCCUGGGGAACGUGGAGGCUGUGGUUGACAACACAGUCCUCAUCGCGGCCAAUGUGACGGGAGAGUACCAAGUGCUUGAGGCGGGUUCGCUCCUCUGCUUGGAAGACCGUCGUGUUGCUGGUGUCGUUUCCGAGACUUUGGGGCGAGUCGAGAACCCUCUAUAUGCCGUUCGAUUUCCAACAGCGGCGGACGUCGAGGAGCGUGGUCUUUCCAGGGGCACCGUCAUUUACUAUGUGGAGGCACACUCUACAUUCGUUUUCACCCAGCCUCUAAAGGGCCUGAAGGGGAGUGAUGCAUCAAACUUCCACGACGAGGAAGUUGCCGAGGACGAAGUUGAAUUCUCUGACGACGAACAAGAAGCUGAAUACCGACGGAAGCUGAAGCAGAAGCGCCAGGAAAGGAAAGGAGCAAGGAAUGAGAACAGCAACUCAGGGCGAGGCGGAAGAGGCGGCCCCGGCCCUUCAAAGCUCAAUCAAAGCGAACUCAACUAUGACGAUAACGCUGGUGAAGAUGGGUACACUCCGCUUGCGCGCCCCAAGAAUUUGCACGAGAUGAUGCGACACGAGGCGCCCGUCGAGAACGACGGCUUCUCUAACAGGCACUCUGGUUUUGGCGGUGGUAGAGGCCGAGGUCGUGGUUCUGACCGUGGUCGAGGUGGCCGUGGACGUGGAGAAGGAAGACCUAGAGACCAGCAUAGGUCCCAGCACGAUCGUCAGCCUUACCAUCAGCAUGAAAGACACGAAUCCCAUCACCAGGCACAAUCCCAGCAGUAUCCUACUUACAACCCGUCUCAACAAUACCCCGGCUACCAGCCCAUGCCGCAACCGCAAGCGCAACCUCAACCUCAACAACAGCCACAGCAGCCUUAUGCGCACCCGGGACUGCCAGCAGCGCCGUUUAAUUUCCAAAUGCCCUACCAACAGGCCUACCUACAACCGAACCCAUACCAGCAAUUGCCUGGCCAGUCGCAGCCACAUAUCAAUCCCCUGUUCUUAGCUGCCCUGCAACAGCAACAACAAUUCCAGCAACAACAGCAGCAACAUCAGCAGCAACAUCAGCAGCAACAACCAUACCAGCAGCCGCAGCAGUACGGCCAGCAGGCACAGCAACCUGGCGCAGCGCAACCGCAGGCUCAGACCGGACAAGCGCUGAAUCUCGAAGGGGUCAAGGCACAGCUGGAGAUUCUACAGCAGUUGAGGAAUGGAAAUCAAUGGCCGCCUCGCCAAUGA